AUGGCUAAAGUCGAGGGUAGAUUAGAAAUUUUGAAAGAUAAGGUUCGAAUUUCUACUUUAAUAAUAAUAAGCAACAAUCGAUAUGGACAGAGAAUAUUCGUACGAAUUCGGACCCAAACCGAAAUUUGCAUAAAAUUAAGUAAAUUAUUGAAAAAGAAAAACAUUGUUAAAAAGUUUCCCCUCGUUCGUAUUCAACCAAGUGAGAGUCAAAGCAUACACAAACUGGGAAUGGUAACAAUGUAUAAUGAUGAAGCACCAAAUUACAAUAAUUUCAUCAACAUAAAUACAUGGCAUUGGUGCAGUAUGCUGAUGGAACAAAGCACUAUAGCUCGCACAUUAAAUGGAAGUUAA